AUGCCUGGCCCCGUGGACACCGCAAAGUCCAUCAACAAGCGGAAGAGAAAGCACGGCUCCAAGUCUGAGAGCGAUGUCGCCAAGCCCGUGGAAACCAAGUCGAGCCCUUCUGUGACACCGAAAAAGAGUUCCUCCAAGGCUCCCAAGGCUUCAGCCGAGAAGUCUACCAAGAAGCGCAAGGUCAGCCCUUCACCGAGCCCGGAGCAAGAGAGCGCCGACGAGGCCGAGGAGGUGAACGCAGAAGACAAUGCGGAGGGGGACAGUGAUGCUGAAGAUGUUGAUGCCGCCAAUGGUGCGGAUCUUCCCACAAUGGAUGAUGUCCGUCUGCCACAGACUGAGGGCGAGCUGCAAAAGUUCACCGAGCUCAACCUUUCCGAAAAGACGAUGAAGGGUAUCGAAGACAUGGGUUUCACUACCAUGACCGAAAUUCAACAGCGCACCAUUCCUGCUCUGCUUGCUGGACGUGAUGUGCUUGGUGCUGCCAAGACUGGAUCUGGAAAGACUCUGUCUUUCUUGAUUCCCGCAAUUGAGAUGCUGCAGGCUCUGCGCUUCAAGCCUAGAAACGGUACUGGUGUUCUUGUCGUGUCCCCUACCCGCGAACUGGCUUUACAGAUCUUCGGUGUCGCCCGUGAACUCAUGACCCACCACUCCCAGACAUACGGCAUUGUUAUCGGAGGUGCCAACCGCCGCGCUGAGGCCGAGAAGUUGAUGAAGGGUGUUAACCUGCUCAUCGCCACUCCUGGUCGUCUGUUGGAUCACCUGCAGAACACUCAGGGAUUUAUCUUCAAGAACCUGAAGACAUUGAUUAUCGACGAAGCCGAUCGUAUUCUCGAAGUUGGAUUCGAAGAUGAGAUGCGCCAGAUUGUCAAGAUUCUGCCCGCCGAAGAACGUCAAACUAUGCUUUUCUCCGCCACACAGACCACCAAGGUCGAGGAUUUGGCCCGGAUAUCCUUGCGUCCCGGUCCCCUGUACAUUAACGUUGACCACCGGAAGGAGCACAGCACAGUAGCGGGCCUUGAACAAGGCUACGUACUGUGUGAGGCUGACAAGCGUUUCCUGCUCUUGUUCUCGUUCUUGAAGCGUAAUCUCAAGAAGAAGAUUAUUGUUUUCUUCUCGAGCUGCAACUGCGUUAAGUACCACGCCGAGCUAUUGAACUACAUUGAUCUCCCCGUUCUGGAGCUGCACGGAAAGCAGAAGCAACAGAAGCGCACCAACACUUUCUUUGAGUUCUGUAACGCGAAGCAAGGUACCCUGAUCUGUACCGAUGUUGCUGCCCGUGGAUUGGAUAUCCCCGCUGUCGACUGGAUCAUCCAGUUCGAUCCUCCUGAUGAUCCUCGUGACUACAUUCACCGUGUCGGACGUACUGCCCGUGGUGCUGAAGGCAAAGGUCGCAGUCUGAUGUUCCUCCAGCCCUCCGAGGUCGGUUUCUUGAAGCACCUUAAGGAAGCGCGUGUGCCGGUCGUGGAGUUCGAGUUCCCGGCCUCCAAGAUUGUCAACGUGCAGUCUCAACUAGAGAAGCUCAUUGGCCAGAACUACUAUCUCAAUAAGUCUGCCAAGGAUGGUUACCGAUCCUACCUCCAGGCCUACGCCUCGCACUCUCUCCGUACCGUCUUCGACGUGAACAAGCUCGACCUCGUCAAGGUUGCCAAGGGUUUCGGUUUCACCGCACCACCCCGCAUUGAUAUCCAACUGGGCGCCAGCCUGAGCCGUGAUAAGAAGCAGGAGCAGCAAGGACGCCGCACAUACGGCAGUCAGCCCAAGAACGGCGCUGGUCUGAAGUUCAAGCGGAAGCACAGUGACUGA